AUGCUUGUUAGCUUGAUUGUUGCCAUUCUGGUCCUUUCCCUCGCAUAUCUCAUCUACUUCGUCCUCAUAGAGCCCCGCUAUAAUCCUCUCAGGAACAUUCCUAGCCCGCCCAGCCAUGGACUAUUCUCCGAGCAGCUCUCUAUGGUCAUGAAUCCGGCUAGAUCUCCUAGAACACACGAGAUGUUCGUCAAAGAUUAUGGGCGAAAUGUCAUGAUUCAUGCCCUGUUUCCCUGGGAUCAACGUCUAUUCACGCUUGACCCCGUCACGCUCGGGCACAUUCUCAAGCAUUCGCAGAUGUAUGAGAAGCCGUGGCCGUCUCGACGGCUCAUCACGGGCUUGAUAGGAUGCGGGAUGCUUGCUGCAGAGGGCCAGGUACAUAAACGCCAACGACGCGUUGCGACGCCGGCUUUUUCUGUUCAGAACCUUCGAGCACUUGUUCCACUAGUGUUCGCGAAAGGCAAUGAGCUGAAGGAAAAAUGGUCAACCAUGAUUGCUCAGUCGGGCACUGCCGAAGAGACAAAGGACGGGCAGGAGAUCUCGAAAGAGCGUAUUGAUGUGUGCCAUUGGAUCAGCCGGGCGACAUUCGACGUGAUCGGCUCUGCAGGCUUUGACUAUCAGUUCAAUGCUAUCCAAAGUGAAUCGAACGAGCUCUUCAACGCGUAUAAGGAGAUGUUCGAGGUCGCCAUUUCACAACAACGUGGGUCGCUAAGGAGUCUAUUCGUUAUUUACUUUCCUAUUAUCAACGUGUUAUUCCCGAACAGGGCAGCACACACUGUGAAGAGAUGCCAGGAAGUCAUUCGACGAGUCGCGGGUGACCUGGUGCAAGAGAAAAAACGAAAGAUUGCGGACGCAGAGGAGAAGGGCACUGUAUACCAGGGGAAAGAUCUGCUCACCCUUCUUCUAAAAUCUAAUGCCGCAGCUGACCUCCCUCCCGAACAGCGCAUCUCCGACGACGACAUCCUGCACAACAUCAACACGUUCAUGUUUGCCGGCUCGGACACCAGCUCGCUAUCGAUCACCUGGACGCUGUACCUUCUCGCACGUUUCCCGCAUAUGCAGGACCGGCUCCGGACUGAACUCCGCGCAGUGUCCUCUGCCGCACCGCUCUCUGCGCUGACGGAGGACGAAGUGGCGUCUCUGUAUGCCGCCAUCGCGGAGCUACCGUACCUCGAGAAUGUCAUCCGCGAGUCGCUCCGGCUCAUCCCGCCCGUUCACUCGUCCAUUCGGGUUGCAAUGCAGGACGACGUCGUGCCGACGUCGGUUCCAGUCAAGACUCGCUGCCCGGACGGAAGCUUCGCGGAGCUAAUGAGUGUGCGGGUGCCAAAAGGCACUUUCAUUCAUGUCCCUGUGGAGGGCUUCAACUUAGACCGGGAGGUUUGGGGACCGGAUGCAUGGACAUUCGAUCCCGAUCGAUGGGACAGCCUUCCAGAAGCCGUCACUUCUCAGCCCGGUCUGUAUAACAACACUUUGACCUUCUCAGCUGGACCCCGGUCGUGCAUCGGCAUGCGCUUUUCCAUCAUUGAGAUAAAGACAUUCUUGUAUAUUUUGCUCACCAACUUCGUAUUCGCACCAACAAAUGAGCAGGUCGGAAAAGCUAAUGUCGUCUUGACAAGACCGUAUGUGGUGGGCAAACACAUGGAGGGUAGUCAAUGCCCUCUCUACGUAACACCGUAUACCCCUGAAUGA